AACAGAAAAAACUUGCCGCCCGUUCAGAUUGAACAAAAUAUUUGUGUGAAAUAAUUGUUUAGUGAAAUAGUAAACAAACAGAAAUUUAUUUGUUUGAAAUGAAUAAUGAAGAUACUUUUCUUCUUUUAUGCUGUGGUGCUGUAUCAGUAAUUCUUUUGGAAGGGAAAAAAGAAAAACAAGAAAGAGUAUGGGUUCGUGAGUGGGUGCGAAGGCGAAAAGAGGAAGGGUGUUGCGCAAAGUUGUUGAAAGAGCUUCGCUUGGAAACUCCAACACUGUAUCACAACUUUUUAAGAAUGAAGGCAAAAGAUUUUGAUUAUUUGUUAAAUCUAGUUAAGCCUCUAAUAACGAAGCAGACUACAAGAUUCCGGGAACCCAUUUCUGCCACCGAACGUUUAGCGGUUACUCUUCGUUACUUGGCAACAGGUGAGAGUUUUAGAUCUCUCCAGUUUGUAUUUCGGAUACCGUUUAAUACAAUCUCGGUUAUAGUUCCAGAAGUUUGUAAUGCAAUUUACAAUGUACUUCAGCCGGAAUAUUUAAAGGUACCAUUAACUGACGGUUAUUUGGAAUACACUAAUUUCUUUAAUUAUCAAAAUAUAGACACCAUCGAAGAAUGGAAAGCUAUAUCUGAGGAGUUUUUGCAUAAGUGGAAUUUUCCCAAUUGCAUAGGAGCUUUAGACGGAAAGCACGUGGUUAUGAAAGCACCAGCACAUUCAGGAAGUAUUUAUUACAAUUAUAAAGGUAAAAUGAAUUCCUAAACAAUAA